AUGGACAACCUGACUCUUAUAUUUGACGACUACAGUAUCACACCAUCGGAAACGUAUCGAAGAGGAUUCUGGAUGAGAAUAUUUGGCUCCUUUUUCACUUUGUCAAUGGGGAUAAUGAGUGUUUUGGGAAACCUCGUCGUCGUCCUCACUUAUUUCUGGGACGAGACACUCCGAAAGGCGACAGGAAACCUGUUCCUCGUCUCCCUAUCCAUAAUCGACGCAGUAACGGGACUCUUCGGCACCAUUCCUCUCUCCGCAGCCAUUGCCUGCGACUACUGGCCGUUCGGAGACAGACUCUGCAAGUUCCACAACGGUAUCUACUACUCGUGCACCAGUUCGUCCUCCCUCCACGUCCUCCUCAUCAGCAUCGACAGGGCCAUUGCCGUGACCCAACCCUUGAGAUACCCUGACAUAGUGAGCCCUAGGAGGGCCCUGCUGCUGUGCGCGCUUCUUUUCUGCAAUGGAGCCUGCGUAAUGAUAGCAGUCAUGGUGUUUGAUUUUUCCCGCUAUCACUACUCAGAGGGAACCUGUGUGUUCGACUCGAAGAUUUAUGAAACUCGAUUCAUGUCGAUACCGUCCAUUUUCGCCUACUACUUCGUCACGGCCGUCGGAAUCGGCAUCUGCAACUCUCUCAUCGUGUUCGAAGUCGUGCAGAAGAAGAAGAACAAACUGUUCAUCAAGACGGACAAAGUACCGGGAAAAGAUUCCUACAGUUCGAGGUUAAACAAGACGAUUUUGAGUAUGAUUGCCAUUGCCGUAGUCUUCUACGUCACCACAUUUCCUUACGCGAUUUUGGAGAUUGUCGAUAUUUUGUCCGAUGAGGGCGUUUCUGAGCGACUUAAUUAUUCCCUUUCGCUAUUAACUUACCUGUGCCCGGCUGUAAAUCCGUUCAUUUAUGGCAUUCUCAGAAAAGAUUAUAGAAAUGCGUACAAGAACUUUCCGAGAGUUUUAAUGCGAAAAAUUCGAGGACUGGACUGA